AAUGUACCCCGUACAAUACAUAUGACCUCGGGUGCAGGAUCUCUCUUCUUACCCUAACGAGAAACCCUGGGAAAGACAGAGAUGAUAUUUUUCACUUUUGUGUCACGUAGGAUUGAAUACACUUCCUGCUUCAUUUCGAAAAGCAGUACUAUAAUGGCGGCGACAGACAAUGAACCAAAACUUGGCGGGUACGAUUACGAGUUUACAAGCGAUGUUCCAGAGGAAUUUAGGUGUCCUAAGUGUUGUUUACCGAUCAAGGAUCCUGUACAGAGCGUUCAAUGUGGACACAGAUUUUGUAGCAUCUGCGUGGAAUCACUCCUUCGACCGCCGUCGCCAUCGUGUCCAGUAGACGGGCAACCAUUGUCACGCAAUAAGAUAUUUCAAGAUACUGCUUGUGGUCGAAAAAUCCUGAACAUGUUCGUGAAGUGUUCUAAAAGUGGAUGUCCAUGGACAGGCGAACUUCGAUAUGUAGAGAAUCAUCAAGCAGAAUGCGUAUACAUAGAAGUGCAGUGUCCAAACUCAGAAUGUACAGAAAAGCUCCUAAAGAAAGACAUGGGCUCACACGUGGAAUCCCGAUGUUUGUGGAGAAUAAUACGUUGUGAAUAUUGUCAAGAGUUACUUAUCUUCAACAACAAACCGAAACAUUUUGAUCAUUGUUCCUUGUUUCCAGUCAAGUGCAGUAACAAUUGCGGCUUAAGAGAAAUUCCCCGAAAAAAGCUCGAGGUUCACAUUCGUGAUGAAUGUCCCAAAACUGAAGUUGACUGCGAAUACAAGCACUUAGGAUGUGCGGCUGUGUUCCUAAGACCAAACGCCAAGUCUCACUCAGAAACCCAAGUUGAAGGACAUUUGAACUUGGCUGUUCGCAAACUGAAAGUCACUCAGGAGCUCGUUAGCCAUCUGAACUGUCAGGUACAGAAGAUGGAGCAAGUGAUGGCCAAUUUUGAAGAAACGUCACAGCAGAUGGAGCGACUGAAGACCGAAGAUCUAGAGAAAUCAAAGCAGAUAGAGCGAUUGAUUGCCAGAGAUGUUGAGAAGACAAAGCAGAUUGAACAGCUAAUUGACAGAGAUGAGGAGAAGUGUAGGGAGAUGGAGCAAUUGAUGAAAAAGGUUCAAGAACAAACACAGCAGAUAGAAAGGCUCAGAAUGAUGGCAAGGAAGUGUGCUCCUUUUGUAUGGAAAAUCUCCAACUUCCAAGCCGUGUUAAACAGAGCAAACAGAGGAUUUCACCCCCAAAACAUUUUACUAAGCGAAAAAUUUUAUUUGUCCGAGAAUGGCUACAAAUCGCGUAUCAAACUAGUACUAUAUCACAAAGAACGUUUCUUGUCUCUUUAUAUCAGGAUUGUUCCAGGAAAAUUUGAUUCGUUGUUAUCCUGGCCAUUUCUUGAAAAAGUGCGCCUUUCGCUGAUCGAUCAAAACCCAUGCAAAGAUAAAAGGAAGGAUUUAUCAGAUGUUUUGGACUUUGAGAAGAGGAAAGAACGUGUUACCAAACCUAUGGAAGACGAACGAUUUGAUUUUGGCAUUAACAUUCCGCAUGAAGUUUUACGAACACGAUCAUAUAUCAUGAACGAUAUGAUUUGCAUAAUUGUUAGAAAAGAAAAUUGAACUUUACCAUUUGCACGAGCCGUGCACAUAGAGUAAAGUCAACGUAGAGUCAGUACGACUACCUAGUCAACACGACUACCUUAUUAUCAAGAGGCUGAACCUUUUUUUCAGUGCUCCACUGAUUUUAAAACUCAGUUAUUAUGUCAUUUUAUUCGAAAACCAACCUUAGAUUCCGAACCAACAAGCAAUUGAAACCCACUUGCGAGUUCCACUUUUCCUCCUGUAGCUGGGAAGAAAUUUUCAAUGCUUUGAAUAAACUUGAAAAAAAUAAAACGUC